AUGGUGCUGAGCGAAAGCGAGGCCGAUAGCCCAGGACCCCUCACACUUUCCCCCACGAAAUCCAAAGCGACCAUAUUUACGAACUGGACGAAGGAGUAUAGACACGAACUUAAUAUUGCAGUCGAUGGCGUUAAAAUUCCGACUGUCAAUAACCCUAAGAUUUUAGGUGUAACAUUCGAUAGUCUAUGCUCCUUCUCUCCCCAUACGCCCCCGAUUAUCGCCAAGGUACAGAGCCGCAACAAAAUCCUCAAGUCGCUAGCCGGCAGCACAUGGGGAAAAGACAAAGAAACGUUGUUGGCAACUUACAAGACAAUUGACCGGCCGGUCCUUAACUACGCAGCACCAAUAUGGUCGCCUGGAUGCAGUGGUACGCAGAUGAGGAAACUUCAGACCUACCAGAUUACUGCACUCCGGACCACGACGGGAUGCCUUUUGAUGUCUACCAUAGAACACCUCCACUGUGAGACACUUAUGCUCCCUGUAAAGCAGCAUAAUGAACUCCUCUCCAAGCAGUUCCUGCUAGGAUUAGACUAA